UUCAUACUGAGCAGUGCUUUAAAACUUACAGGCACAUGCACAGUCAACACACACAAGUCUGGUAACCUGUGAUGAAGGUGAAGAUGAUGAUGACGAUGAAGCUCACAUCUCAAGUACUACCAUAAUUUUGUCGCAUGCAGAAGAAGUUCUGGAAGACCAAGCAGGUUCUGAUCAAAGUCACGGGGAAGAAGGAGGAUGAAUUAUGUGGUGGCUUCAGACGCCGAUCUAGAUGCCAAACUAGAGUUGUCAACAUGACUUCACAGCUACAUAAGCAUAUCUGAGACCAUGGUGUCCAAGCUGUUUGAACCAAUGGAAUGACGAAUAAAUGGGAAAUGGAGUAGGCUAGCCUAAGUCCUGCACACACAAGUAAGCGCCAGCCCAUCCGCUUUGAGCGCACAACUGAUGAUCUUGAACACGCCCAGCAUCCUGAAUCAGCCUCGGCGUCAGAAGUCACUUCGAGUCGGAGAAGUAAACUCCGAGUCUAGCUAGGCACCUUCACUGUAAUAAGAAACCUGAAGCCGCUUUGGCUUUGGCUUCAUCUUCUCAUCAGCACUCGGAGGAGGAACCUGUCAGCAUUGUCUAGGAAACUAGCAGAGAGAAGCCUGCCUUUCAGAUUAUGGAUGGAUAUGGGUUCUCCAGUGAUAUGUUCAGUGGGCGGGCCGUUCUUGGGGAGGACAGCUCGGUCAUGGCCCGCAUGCAGAAGAAGUUCUGGAAGACCAAGCAGGUUCUGAUCAAAGCCACGGGGAAGAAGGAGGAUGAGUAUGUGGUGGCUUCAGACGCCGAUCUAGAUGCCAAACUAGAGUUCUUUCGCUCGGUGCAGAGCACAUGCACAGAGCUGCUGAAGGUGAUUGAGAAAUACCAACAACGAAUCACACAUCUGUCCCAGGAGGAGAAUGAGUUGGGCCUGUUCCUGCGUUUCCAGGCAGAGCAUGACAAAACCAAAGCGGGCAAUAUGAUGGACGCCACCAGCAAGGCCCUCUGCGCCUCAGCCAAGAAGAGGAUGGCCCUGUGUCCCCCUCUCCACCGGAUGGAGCAGGAAGUGGAGACGUUCCGGCGGCGUGCCAUUGCCGACACACUGCUGACGGUGAGCCGCAUGGAGAAGUCCCGCACGGAAUACCGCGGAGCGCUGCUCUGGAUGAAGGACGUCUCGCAGGAGCUGGAUCCCGACACCUACAAGCAGCUGGAGAAGUUCCGCAAGGUUCAAGCACAGGUCAGAACGACGAAGGUGCAGUUUGACAAGCUGAAGAACGACGUGUGUCAGAAGGUGGACAUGUUAGGAGCCAGCCGCUGCAACAUGCUCUCCCACUCACUCUGCACCUACCAGACUACACUCCUGCAAUACUGGGAGAAGACUGCCCACAUGAUGUCUGCCAUCCACGAGGCCUUUAAGGGAUAUGUUCCCUACCAGUUUACCACAAUAAAGGAGUUGAGGGACCCUAUGGACCAGUUAGCAGAGGCUCAAGCAGAGCAGGACAACAAGGAGAAGGCUAUGCAGACACAAACAAACAAUCUGGUGUCUCUGGAGGAAGAGAAUCCUGGACAGAUGGCACCUGACAAUGUCUCCACCCUUGCGUUGGAUGGACAGAGUCGGGACAGUGAUAGCUCCCUAUGCGCCAGCCUGGACUCUGCCCUGUUUGAGCUCUCUGGCCCCUUUAGCCCUACCAACACAGAUGACGACUUUUUGCUCAUGACCCCUGACCUCCCCCUUACUCCGACCCCAGAUGCCACACUCACCCCCACCCCGCCCACACGACUCCCACCGCCGUCCGCUGGUGCUUCAUGGGGGUUUAGCCCUCCUCCAGGGGAACAGCUGGAGGCCUCCCCCAGCUCCCAGCUCCCUCACUGGGGUAUGAGAGACCUGCUGUUCGACCUGCCCCAGCAGCCGUCUUCUGGACUCUCCGUCGGACCAGCGGGAGGCGCUGGACAGGCGGAGGAGCAGGACGACGAGGCUGACCGCGGAGACCUGUCCUUCCUCCGCGACUUGCUCAGCCCCGGCGGCGCCUCCGCCAGCGACGAGUUCAGCCGCGAGUGGCAGGACGCCUUUGGCUCCUUCGAGUCGCCUCCCACCUCCCUCCCCACGGGUCCCUCGUCCUCCCAGCAGCCCCAGGGAGGUGUGGUCAGCGGGGCGGCCCCCUCCUCGCCCUCCCAGCCCCCCAGCCCCACCGGCUUCCUCCCCUCCCAGCUCCUGGACCACAGCCUCAGCGCCACAGGUCGGUGGGCCAGAGGGGUCAAGGGUUCAGGGUCUUAUGAUACAUGGGGCUGGGCCACUCCACCCAUGUUCCAGGCGGCUCCCCUACAGGCUCCGUCUGCUGCCGGCCUGGCCACGGCCCCCCAAAGCAGCCCCCUAGCCUCAGUCAGCGCUCCAAAAGGUGGUGCACGGGACAUGUCGGCCUGGUUCAACCUCUUUGCUGAUCUGGACCCACUGUCAAACCCUGACGCCAUUGGACGGUCUGAUGAAGAACUCCUCAAUGCUUGAGUCGUAGAUGUGAGAGGAGUUCCUGUGGCGUCGUGGAGUUGGAGCUGCUGCUGUCUGAGCCUGAGUGAGAGUGAAGAAAAGCUACGCCCUGUGCAGUCCCACGAGUGUGUUUGUGCACGUCACAGCUGGAGAUGCGUCGCUGCUGUUCACCCGUUCAUAAAAACAUUCUGAAUGUUCUGGAGGGGCUGCUGGUGGACAUUCAGGCUGUGGGUGGACCACAAACAACAACAACAACAACAGCAUCAGCAUCAAAAAAACACAUCAUGAAUGUCAUGAGUCUGGAGGUCUCCAAACCACUCUGGGCUAAAUCUCUUAGUUUCUCUCUCUCUCUCUCUCUCUCUCUCAGCCUGAAACACACAUACAAAACACACAAUACGCAUAAAAAACCCCAUUCUCUGUCCUUUUUAUCUGUUGCCAAGUGUGUGUGUGUGUGUGUGUGUGUGUGUGUGUGUGUGCGUGUGCGUGUGCCCCUAUGUAUUCUCCAAACUCUAAUGGAAACAGACUAUUUAUCACUAAUGAAAUUAAAAUAUAUUUAUUCCUUGUUACAUACAGAUAACUAGAUGUAGAAAAAAAAACAUACAAUCUAUGUUUUGUAUGAGCAGCACAUUUUUGAUGAGGCGUGGAAGGUAUUGGGUGCUAAACCUCUCACUGGAGACGGAUUGAGAAUCCUUACAAGGGACUGGUUUGCAUGUAUUUAUAUGGCUCUGUGGUCUGCGAUAUAUUGCGUUUUCACUCUGCCCUGAAACGGGGCAAGGAGAAGGAUGAAUUUUUAGAGAUAUGCAAGUGCGCUGAUGUGAGUGCAGUGAAACACAUUUAUUUCUGUCCUCAGAAACAUAUUCUUAUUAUAAUAGCCCCUCAGUACUAAGAGACACUAAUCAUCAGCUGCCGUCGAAUCGCUAGUCAUUACUGCUAGUUGGAGAGAGGGCAUUAGAACGCAUUUGUUGUGUAGAGUAUCUUCUGAAGUAUAUCCAAAGCAAAACUGAAACUGUCCUGUGCCAUCACAGUCUGUUAGUGAUCUCUGGCUGUGUGGAAGCUUUAUUUAGAAACUCCUCUCCAAACUCAGUCACAUCCCAUUGCUAGAUCACAUGGAAACGUUACUAGUCUUACAGAGGGAGCUGGUUUUGUUAUACCAAGGGAAUGGAAUAUGCAAUACCUUUAGGGAGAUUAUGUUAAUAGCCAUUAUCGGUCAUUAUCGGUCACCACCUGUCUAGAGCAUAAGAGAGGAGUUAAUCUGAGCUAGACUUUUACUCUACUGUGUCUGUGGGAGUUGAUGGACAGGCAGUUGCCUAAGAGAAUCGUUCACCUGAAGGAGUUGUUGAAUGAAGGCUUGUACAGGUCACCGGAUGAAAUCGUUUUUUUCCCCGCCUCACAUGAGUCUGGACUUGGAUCAGUUAUCUACAUUUGCUGAGCACUAACUGAAUGCUCACCUUUAUUGCAGCUACAGGUCAUUUUGUACAUAUACAGUAAGUUUCCAUAGAAAUGUUCAGUGGCCCAGUCGCACCACUAGAUGAAUGAUUUCACAUACUACUGAAUGGUGUUCUACUGUGCAGAACAGAAUGUCUCUGGCUAAAGGACAUUGGAGGGGAGGUGUUGUAUGCAGGGACUGGACAGGAAGCUUUUUGGGUCAAAACCGCUGUUUAGUCGUGUUUUUGGGACAUCACUGUCUCUGCAUUCUGGACUUGAUAUCAUCUCGUUUUCUGAACUAUUUUUCCGUUUUGUAUGGGAUGUUGUUCAUACAGAACACAUUUUCUAGCACCAGGCUUGAUUGUUUGGGUAAUGGUAACUUUGCUUUUGUUUUGUUGUUUUUUUUCCCUUUAAUUCCAGACACUGAAAGAAUGUAUUCUGCACCAAUCAUAAUGCUUGAUUCUUUGAUUUUAAUAUUACUAUGCCUUUUCUGUAUAACAAAAAAAAGAUGCAAUGUCAAAAUGUGGUUGGAUGAGAACUGGACAAUGUGAGUCAGGGUGUUUGAUAUCUAAUAAACUAUGUAAUGUUUGAGUAAGUGUGUGUGUGUGUGAGAAUACAGUUGUUUAUGUGGUUGAAAGCCACCUAUUUCUGUGUAGUGUUCAGUUCCAUUCUGUUUUUAACAAAGGCAACAGCAGUAGUCUCAUUUCAUAUCAUUUGGCUUUAAUAUUUGUUAUAACAGCCAUUUGUCCUUUUUUUUGUUAAACAUUUCUCUGAUAUUUCAUACAUUUUAAGGCAAUGUACAGUACAAAUUUAUCUUCUAUGUUUUGCCUAUUUUCCACUUUUGUGUCCACACAAACUUUGUCUCAAGGAAGAGUAAUGAGGCUCACAGUAUGACGCAGUGGCGUAAUAUACAGAAUAAAAGAUGCUACAACAGCCA